UACGGGAAGAGCCUAGUCAGCAAGGAAUCCAGCACUAGUCUCGCCAGUUUCGCACCGAAGCAUAAAAAGUAACUACCUCUUCCUCACUUUCUGAUUCUCGCGAAUCGAUUCUGGUUUCUCUUCUCCGAUUCAAUCUCCAAUAAUCUUCGAACGCCAUGGACGCCGCGAACUUGAACCAGUUGAAGCAAUUCAUCGAUGAUUGCAAGUCCAAUCCCUCAAUCCUCUCCGAUCCUUCUCUCUCCUUCUUCCGAGACUACCUCGAAAGUUAUUAUUUCGAUUUAAUCUUUUUCAGCCUCGGCUGUAAGCUUUCUCCAUCUGCUUACAAGCCCGCAGAAUCUCCCCGUAACAAAUCGAAGUCUUAUGUUGUGGAUGAGAGUGAUGAGGAUAUGGAGGACAUGGAGGAGGAGCAACCGCAAGACACUGCCGAUGAAGAGGAAGAGAGUGAGAUAAUUGAAUCUGAUAUUGAGCUUGAAGGUGAAACAGUGGAGCCGGAUAAUGAUCCCCCGCAAAAGAUGGGAGAUGCUUCUGUUGAGGUCACGGAAGAAAACCGUGAUGCUUCGCAGGAGGCUAAGGCACAGGCUAUGGAAGCAAUUUCUGAAGGGAAACUGGAGGAAGCAAUACAGCAUCUCACGCAGGCUAUUUUGCUCAACCCAACCUCAGCAAUUAUGUAUGCAACCAGAGCCAGUGUUUACAUCAAAAUGAAGAAGCCGAAUGCUGCUAUCCGUGAUGCCAAUGCUGCUUUAGAGAUCAAUCCAGAUUCUGCUAAAGGGUACAAAUCCCUUGGCAUGGCACGGGCAAUGCUUGGUCAAUGGGGAGAGGCUGCUAAGGAUCUUCACUUGGCAUCGAAGUUGGACUAUGACGAGGAAAUAGGUGCCGUACUAAAGAAGGUUGAACCCAAUGCUCACAAAAUUGAGGAACACCGUAAGAGGUAUGAGAGGUUGCGUAAAGAACGAGAGGACAAAAAGAUUGAACGUGAGAGACAUCGUCGCCGUGCUGAAGCUCAGGCUGCAUAUGAGAAGGCUAAGAAACAAGAGCAUUCAUCUGCAAGUAGAAGAACAGGAGGCAUGCCUGGUGGGUUUCCUGGCGGAAUGCCUGGAGGGUUUCCUGGUGGCAUGCCAGGCGGUUUCCCCGGUAGCAUGCCGGGAGGGAUGCCUAACGUUGACUACAGCAAAAUAUUGAAUGACCCCGAAUUAAUGGCUGCAUUCAAAGAUCCAGAAGUCAUGGCUGCUCUUCAAGAUGUGAUGAAGAAUCCAGCUAAUUUUGCUAAGCAUCAGGCAAACCCCAAGGUGGCUCCCAUAAUUGCAAAAAUGAUGGGUAAAUUUUCCGGACCUCAGUAAAUGCUUGUCAAGAGUAGCGUCAUGUUUUUGUGAAGAUUUGUUUUUAUAGUUGGGCAAACCUUGGUUUGACAUGGUGUGGAUAUCAGGGUUCUUUACGUUUUUGUUUAUAUUGUAAUGUGUAUGGACAGUGUCCUCGUCAAAAGUAGUUUUCUUACAUUUAUAGAUGAAAAAAGAAUUGCAAUAUCUAGUUUUUAUGUGUGGUUCACACGGAUUUUUGCAAUUUGAGCAUAUAAUGAAAAGUCCUAUUAAGAAUAUGCUUCA